GAGCGAAAAUGUACGCCGCUGUUGCUGUGUAAAUAUCUCGUUGUUUUUUUUAUAUUAUCAUGAAUUGGCAAUUCAAGUGGACUCUAAUAAACAAUCAUAGGGGCUUCGUGUUUGCAUGGAUAACUAAUUUUAUGAACUAACAGGGCUAUUGCAUCUAUUGUAGAAUAGUAGUCACGUGACCUCCAUACAGGGCCUGCUGCUGUCUGUUUUCAGUGGAGGGAGAGAUGCGAAGAAAAAUGGCGACUGCAGGCGACCUAAAACGGGACACCGGCCAUUCGGUUUGAGCAUUCUAGCUGAAAUUGAGUCCGGGGCUUGAUGGGAAUAAUUUGAACGGUCACAACAUUGGUUAAGCAUUCCUACGGUACCCGUUUUCUCGGGUUUGCGUGGGCUACUUGAGCGCCGAAAUUGAAGCCGAAAAUAAUACAUUCUUUGCUACAAUGAGGGGGAGAAGAGGAAGGCCGCCCAAACAGGCACUGAUGCGGGAUGUUUCCCCCGGGCCAGUUCGCGGUUCUAGAGGUGGCCGUAGAGGUAUGCGUGGACGGGGAAGGGGUCGAGGACGGGGCCGGGGCCGAGGUUCGGUGGAUAUCGAUACAGAUAUUUCCAACAGGGACAACUUCCACUCGUCCAGGGGUCGGAGGAAAGUUGGAGCAACGACGACAUCGCGGGGCAGAGGCAGGGGAAGAGGCAGGGGUUCGAGAGGUGGUCGCGGCAGCAGGGGGAGACGGCCCCAGACUAAGGUGGUCUACGAUGACAAUAGCGACGAAGAUGAGGAUAAUAUUAGUUUGAGAUCGGAGGAGGACGAACUUUUACACGAGAACCGAUCGUCAGAUUUCGAAGAGGAGGCCGUAGACAACGAGUCCGAUUAUCUGGAAGAAUUACCGGACGAGGAUGAUGCGAGCUACUGUACAGAGAGCAGCUUUCGGAGCCAUAGCACGCACGGUAGUACUCCAGGCCGGAGGAGGAGCCGCGCCGUCCGCCCCCGCUCGCCCAUCCUGGAGGCCAAAGACGUCCCUCCGCUGGAGCUCCCCAAGUCCUCGGAGGACCUGCUCAUCCCCGCUGGGCAGCUCCUCAACGUGGCCGCCGUCUACGAGGUCCUGCGCAACUUCGGCUCGGUCCUGCGCCUGUCGCCGUUCCGCUUCGAGGACUUCUGCGCGGCGCUGGCCGGCCAGGAGCAGUGCACCCUGCUGGCCGAGACCCACAUCUCGCUGCUCAAGGCCAUCCUACGCGAGGAGGACACGUCCAACACCACGUUCGGCCCGGCCGACCUCAAGGACAGCGUCAACUCCACCCUGUACUUUGUGGACGGCAUGACCUGGCCCGAGGUGGUGCGCGCCUACUGCGAGAGCGACCCCGAGUACCGCCACGUCCUCCCCUGCCAGGAGGGUGAGGAGUACCCCUUCGAACCCCUGGAGAGCAAGGUCAAGGUGCUCCAGUUCCUCGUCGACCAGUUCCUCGCCACCAACCUGGCCCGCGAGGAGCUGAUGUCGGAGGGCGUGGUGGCCUACGACGACCACUGCCGCGUGUGCCACCGCCUGGGCGACCUGCUGUGCUGCGAGACGUGCUCGGCCGUGUACCACCUGGAGUGCGUCAAGCCGCCGCUGGUGGAGGUGCCCGAGGACGAGUGGCAGUGCGAGGUGUGCGUGGCCCACAAGGUGCCCGGCGUGGUGGACUGCGUGCCCGAGGCGCAGAAGAGCAAGCCCUACAUCCGCCAGCUGCCCAUCGGCUACGACCGGCACCACCGCAAGUACUGGUUCCUCAACCGGCGCGUCGUCGUUGAAGAGGACGGCGAGCAGGAGGACAAGACCAUCUGGUACUACAGCACCAAGGUGCAGCUGGCUGAGCUCAUCGACUGCCUGGACAAGGACUACUGGGAGGCGGACGUGUACUGCGCCCUUGAGGAGAUGAGGGACGAGGUGCACGUCCACAUGGACAUCAGCGAGGACCUCACCAACAAGGCCCGCGGCAGCAACAAGUGCUUCCUCACCGCCGCCAACGAGGAGAUCUUGGAGCGCCUCCGGGCCAAGCAGGAGGAGGAGCUCGAGGAGGUGAAGAGGCGGGCCGCGGCAGAGGCCCAGAAAGCCCGGCUGGAGAGGGAGAAGGAGGAGGAGGAGGAGGGAGGGGAGAAGAAGGAGGGAGGGCAGCCCAAGGAGGAGCCGGAGGAGCUGAAGGUGAAGGAGGAGGCCACAUCCGAGAAUGAUCCUCCCCAGGAUCAGAGCACCAAGGAGGGGAGCACCAGUCCAGCCGAAGGGGCUUCCUCUGCUGACCAGGAGGCCACUAGCAACUCAGUGGUUCCCAAAUCUGAGGCCGUGGCUCCAGAGCCCUCCCUGCCUGCCACAGAGCCCGCUAGCCUGGCAUCGGGCCCCCAGGAGCCCCCUGCUGCCACAGAGCCCGCUAGCCUGGCAUCGGGCCCCCAGGAGCCCCCUGCUGCCUCUGGGGAGACUGGGGACGAGGGCCAGACCAGCAUGGAGGUCACGCAGGACUCGGAAGAAAAGGCAGAGUCGGACUCUGGCUUCCCCAGUGGAGAUGGCGUCCCCGGCUUGAGCCAGCCCCCCCAGCCCAGUGAGGAGAACAGCAACAGCAGCAUGGGUGGCCCCCGGGGCCCCGAGCCCCCCGACCUGGCCGACAAAUCUUCCCAGUCCUCCCUCGCCAGCCAGGAUGACCCAGGCGAGGGCAGAGCCAACGGGGAGACGGGCGGCCCGGGCGGGAAGUCGUCGGCCUCUACGCGCAUGGUGACCCGCCUGCGCAACCCGGAGAGCAAGCUGAGUCAGCGAAAGAGCCAGCAGGUGGCGGAGGCCGUGCACGAGGCCAACAAGGGCUUCAAGGAGGGCAAGGAGGUGCUGGUGGUGAACCAGCAGGGCGACGUGUCCCGCCUCAGCACGCGCGGCUCCAAGGAGGUGGUGAUGAAGGGCACCCUGUCCAACUACUUCAAGCUGGGCCAGGAGGGCAAGUACCGGGUGUACCACAACCAGUACAGCUCCAACACGCUGGCCCUCAACAAGCACCAGCACCGCGAGGACCACGACAAGCGGCGCCACCUCUCGCACAAGUUCUGCAUGACGCCCGCCGGCGACUUCAAGUGGAACGGCUCCAUCCACGGCUCCAAGCUGCUGACCGUCUCCACGCUGCGCCUCACCAUCAUCCAGCUGGAGAACAACGUCCCGGCGCCCUUCAUGCACCCCAACUGGGCCUCGCACAGGACCAACUGGAUCAAGGCGGUGCAGAUGUGCAGCAAGGCCAGGGAGUUUGCCCUGGCCAUGGCCAUCUUGGAGUGUGCCAUCAAGCCUGUGGCUCUGCUGCCUGUCUGGAAGGACGCCCUGGGACAUACCAGGCUACACCGAAUGACGUCCAUGGAGCGUGAGGAGAAGGAGAAGGUGAAGAAGAGGGAGAAGAAGCUGGAGGACGAGGAGACCAUGCAGCAGGCCACCUGGGUCAAGUACACCUUCCCCAUCAAACAUCAGGUGUGGAAGCAGAAGGGCGAGGAGUACCGUGUGACCGGCUAUGGAGGCUGGAGCUGGAUCAGUAAGACCCACGUCCAGCGCUUCCAACAAAAGUUGCCCGGCAACACCAACCCCAACUACCGCAAAGAGCUGGAAGAUGCCAAACUCGGCAAGAAAUGCACCCUUCUCGACUUGAGUGUAAGGCCCGGCGUCGCCUCCGAAGACCAGGAAAGUAGUGUUCAAGCGGAGGACAAGGAUGAAGACACUGGCACCCCUGAGCCCUCAGCGAGCGACUUGUCUGAGGAGAAGAAGAUGGAGGACAAGCCAGAAGAGGAGGAGGAGAAGAAAGGAGAGCUGAUGGAUGAGUCUACAAGGGAAAAGCAUGAAAACUCUGCAUUACAGGAGGCAGGUGAACGCAUGGAGGUGGACCCGAGUCCUACAGAAUCGGGGCAAGAUAAAGAAAAAGGGACCAGCAGUUGUGAGGCGGAGGCCACCGUGAAGCAGGAGCCAUCUGAGGGCCCCCUGAGGCCCUUCAACCACGACGUGGUGGACGUCAGCCUGGGCUUCCACACCCGGAUCCCCUACAAGAAGUUCAAGGCCUCCAAGCUGGACGGCCUCCUGGAGCGCCGCGUCAAGCAGCACGCCCUAGAGGAGAAGCAGAGGCAGCAGGGCUCCCUGGUCAAGUCUACCCCAGCCAAGGGCACCCAAGCCCUGCCGCAGACGCCCCUCAAGACCCAGGCGCCGUCCCCGUUCCAGGUUACGCCAGACAUUGUUAAACCGGAGAGCAAGCCUUCGGGAAUGUCCGCUGUAGCCCAAAUGGAAGUAAAAGUCACUCCCCUUGGCACACCAUCCAAAGACCCUGCCCCGCAAAACCAAACGACUCCCCAUAAACAGGAGGGGAACCUCCAGGAAAGGACUAUGGGGCUCACAGGGGCCAGGCUAGGUGAGGGGGAACCUAAAGUGUCCAGCUCAGGGGGGACCCAAAACAUUGCAACACCGUCUGCAUCAACGGCCUCCAUUCCCGUCUCCACAGAGGGAUCAGGACUCGAGGCAGCUUUGUUAAAACCUGAUUCCUCUACGAUGCACGCUCUGAACCAGCUGGGAAAACCAGAGCAGACAGGAGCAGAAAGUAACGGCCACAAAGACCAGCAGGACAGACCUGGCAACGGACAAAGCAGCUCAGAAGCCGUCGCAACCCAGGCCCCUUCUUCAGGUCCUCCCCAUGUCAACGGAAAAGACGUGUUGGAGAACAGACCCAUGACCAACUCUGUCCCGAGCGAGCCCACCAACACCCUCCCUAACAGCACAGAAGCCAAGGUGAACAGCCUAUCCAAGCCCGAGGGAGAUUGUCAGACGGUCGGUACCCAGAAGCCCUUGCUGAACGGCGACGUGGUGCCUGGCCCGGCUCCCAGGGUAGAGAUGGAGAGCAAGGUGACGGGGUCGGACCAAGUCUACCAGCCACCUGUGAAGAUGGCUAGGCUGGAGAACAACCUAGAAGGUCCAGGGCUGAUGACUCAGCAACGCAUCAGCACAGCGCCCCAGUUCAUGGAGACGCAACCUUCCGCUGUCAAGCCCACCAAAAUGGCGCCUUCCCCAGUGCCCUCCGCCGAAGAGUCCAGCCUGAGCAACGACUUUGCGGAGGAGAACAGCGGCAACAGUGCGGUCGAUCCUCUCAAGACCAUCAUCACCCAGAUUACUACCACCACCUCCACCACGACCACCACCAGCGUAUCCCAUCUUGCGGAGGUCUCGCGAUCCUCCAAACCGGUCGAGACCGCCACGGAGAGUGCCGUGUCCACCCUCACCACCAUGACCAAAACCACCGUGACCAAAGUGCGUUCGCCCACGCCCGACAGCCAAUCGGACGAGAGCCAGAGCGAAACGGUGACCCACGAACACAAGACCACGCUCUCGUCCUCCAUCAGCAAGUCGUCCUCGGGGCCCCACGGUUCGACGUCUUCCCGUUCGACGCUGGCGCUCAGCCAAGAGAUCUCCGCCACCUCCACCAAGGGUCGGGUCCGCCUCCUCAAGUUCUCCCGCACCAAGAAGACUCGCUCCGACACUGCUUUGCCCUCCUAUCGCAAGUUUGUCACCAAGAGCAGCCGGAAGAGCAUCUUCGUGUUACCGAACGACGACCUAAAGGUGCUAGCGCGGCGCGGCGGGAUCCGCGAGGUUGCCAUCUUCAACUACAACGCCAAACCAGCACAGGACAUCUGGCCCUAUCCUUCACCCAGGCCCACGUUUGGCAUCACUUGGAGGUACCGACUUCAGACGGUGAAGUCGCUGGCGGGCGUGAGCCUGAUGCUGAGGCUGCUCUGGGCCUGUCUCAGGUGGGACGACAUGGCCGUCAAGCCGUCCGCCGCCGUGGGUACCACGCGCACAGAGACGUCCGAUACGGAGAUCACCACCACGGAGAUCAUCAAGCGCCGCGACGUGGGGCCGUACGGGAUCCGCUCCGAGUACUGCAUCCGGAAGAUCAUCUGCCCCCUCGGAGUCCCCGAAACACCUAAAGAAACCCACACGCCCCAGAGGAAAGGCCUGCGCUCCAGCGCCCUGAGGCCCAAGAAGCCCGAGCCCACCAAGCAGACAGGGCCGGUGGUGAUCGAGACCUGGGUAGCCGAGGAGGAACUGGACCUGUGGGAGAUCCGCGCCUUCUCCGAGAGGGUGGAGAAGGAGAAGGCCCAGGCUGCAGAGCAGGCCAAGAAGCGUCUGGAACAGAAACAAGGAGUGGCCACUACCACCGUCACACCCACGGGGACCCCCGUCACACCGGCGGCCACCCCUAAAGUCAUCGUGGGCUCCCUGUCCGGCCAGGUCACCCCUGGCACCAAAGUGGUACUGGCCACCAAGAUGGGUGGCACCCCUGUCACGUUCCAGCAGAAUAAGAACUUCCAUCAGACGUUCGCCACCUGGGUCAAGCAGGGUCAGCCCAGUCAAGCAGGCGCGGCGGGCACCGUGACAACCGUGGCCACAUCGGGCGGACAGACCUUCCAGAUCACCGGCACGUCCAUGGGUGGCAAGGUCCUGCACGCCAAGCUGCCGCUGCCCGCUAACAGCAAGUUUGUCACCGUCAACGUGCCAACAACGCAAGGAGGCGUGAUCCAGCAGAAGGUGGUGGGCAUCAUCCCCUCCAGCACAGCAGGGGCCGCCACCUUCAGCCCCUUCCAGCCGCGCACCACCACCCUCAACAUCCGGCCCGGCACCCCCGGCUCCCCGCAGCAGGUGCUGACCACCGGGGGCCAGAUCCGUCCAGGGAUGACGGUGAUCCGCACCCCCAUCCAGCAGGCAGGGGCCCUGGGGAAGACCAUCCUCCGCACCCCUCUGGUGAUGCAGCAAGGUCAAGCGGGCCAGCAGGUGGUGACCCAGAUCAUCCGCGGCCAGCCCGUCUCCACCGCCAUCUCGGGCGCCAGCCCCGUCACCACCGUCGCCGGGCAGAGGGUGGGCAGCCCCGUGACCCCGGGCCAGCCUGCCACCGCCCAGACGCCCCAGGGGCCGCGGGCACAGGCCCAGGGCCAGGUCAAACUCACCCUGGCCCAGCUCACACAGCUCACCCAGGGGGCGCAGAAGCAGCAGAGUGCGUCGGUGGAGCGCCCGGCGGGGCCCCAGCAGGGCCUGACGGUGAUGGUGCAGGGCCAGGGCCAGACCACGGGCCAGCUGCAGGUCAUCCCCCAGGGCGUGGCCGUCAUCCCCGGCCCUGGCCAGCAGCUCAUGCAGGCCGCCCUGCCCAACGGACAGGUCCAGCGCUUCCUCUUCACGCCCAUGCCGGCCGCGCCCGCCGCCUCCACAGCCACAGCCGUGCCCGCCCAGCCGCACCCCUCCACCACCAAGACCCCCGCCCAGCCCGCCCAGCAGGCGGCCGCCCCCGUCCAGGCCGGCGCCGCCGCCCCGCUGGCCACCAGCACCCCGCCCUCGGCCACCCCCCAGGGCCAGCUCCCCCCGCAGACCCAGGCCCACAUGCCCAUCCAGUCGCCCACGCCCCUCCAGGUGAAGAGCCAGGCCCGGGGAGGAGGAGGGGGCCAGCUCCAGCUGCAGCAGUCCCCCCAGCUCCUCAGCAUGCCGGGGCUGCAGCAGCAGGUGCAGGUGCUGGCCCAGCUCCAGCCGGGCCCGGGCGGAGGAGCUCUGCCUCAGCAGAUCAAGCUGCAGCUGCCCAUCCAGAUCCAGCAGCCUGGGGGCGCCGCCGGAGCUCAGGGAGGACAGAUGGGCAACGUGGUGACCAUCCAGACGGCCAGCGUCCAGGAGCAGCUGCAGAGGAUCCAGCAGCUCCGGGAGCAGCAGCAGCAGAAGAAGAAGCAGGCGGCCGAGGCUCGCAGGGAGCAGGCGCUGGCCGCCGCCAGCCAGAGCGACAUCAUCCAGAAACAGGUGGUGAUGAAGCACAACGCCGUGAUCGAGCACCUGAAGCAGAAGAAGACCAUGUCUCCAGCGGAGAGGGAGGAGAACCAGAGGAUGAUCGUGUGCAACCAGGUGAUGAAGUUCCUCCUGGACAAGAUCGACAAGGACGAGAAGCAGGCGGCCAAGCGGCGGAAGAAGGAGGAGGUGGUGGAGCAGAAGCGCUCCAAGCAGAACGCCUCCAAGCUGUCGUCGCUGCUCUACCGCCACAAGGAGAGCCUGAAGGCCGAGAUCCUCAAGAAGAGAGCCCUGCUGGACAAGGAGCUGCAGCUGGAGGCUCAGGAGGAGCUGAAGAGAGACCUGCUGAAGCUGCGGAAGGAGAAGGAGAGGGCCCAGGCCGCCGCCCACCAGGCCGCCCAGGCCGCCGCCCACCACGCCCUGCCCCACACCCUGCCGCACGCCGCCCCCCACCUGAGCUCGCCCGCCUCCGCCCACAAGCGCAAGCGGGAGGAGGAGAGGGAGGCGGGCGGCGGGGGCGGCCCCCCCUCCUCCGUCUGCGCCGGGCCGGCCUCCAAGGCCAAGAAGAAGAAGAUGAUCUCCACCACUACCUCACGGGACAACAGGAAGGACACCAAGUUGUACUGCGUGUGCAAGACGCCGUACGACGAGACCAAGUUCUACAUCGGCUGCGACCUCUGCACCAACUGGUACCACGGCGAAUGUGUGGGCGUCACUGAGAAGGAGGCCAAGAAGAUGGACGACUACAUCUGCAGCGAGUGCAAGCACGCCCAGGAGGGCAACACGGAGGAGCUGUACUGUAUCUGCCGGACGCCUUACGACGAGUCCCAGUUCUACAUCGGCUGCGACCGCUGCCAGAACUGGUACCACGGGCGCUGCGUGGGCAUCCUGCAGAGCGAGGCCAACCACAUCGACCAGUACGUGUGCCCGCAGUGCCAGUCCACGGAGGACGCCAUGACGGUGCUCACGCCGCUCACCGACAAGGACUUUGAGGGCCUACGGAGGAUCCUGCGCUCCCUACAGGCACACAAGAUGGCGUGGCCUUUCCUGGAGCCCGUGGACUCCAACGACGCCCCCGACUACUACAGAGUCAUCAAGGAACCCAUGGAUCUCUCCACCAUGGAGGACAGGUUACAGAAGCGCUACUACAUCAAGCUGACCGAGUUCGUGGCGGACAUGACCAAAAUCUUCGACAACUGCCGCUACUACAACCCCAGCGACUCGUCCUUCUACCAGUGUGCGGAGGUCCUGGAGAACUUCUUCGUCCAGAAGCUCAAAGGUUUCAAAGCCAGCAGGUCUCAUAACAACAAACUGCAGUCUACAGCCUCUUAGAAUACACAGCUACCCCUCCACCCCCCCACCACCACCACUCUGUUAAGCUAACUGUCAAAAUGUCUGCCAGCGUGGCUCCUCCCCCCCCCCCCCCCCCCCUCCCCCUCGGUGACGCUGUGUGGCUGAACCUGUCCACUCAAACCCUCUGACCCAGAGCUGGAGAGUGGACCCUCACAUCCCUGUCAAAACCAACGUCACACCGGCAACUGCUUUAGACCGAACGGCGCACGUAGGAAACCGGACGGCUCCAACGUCAGUGGAGGGGGAUUACGAUUGGACGGCCCCGGUCUUCAGGGUGUGUGGAAGAUGCUACGGCCCCGCCCCCCCGUCCCCCCGUCUUCGAUGUGGGUUUUUUUUUGUUCAGAGUUAGGUUCUUCACCUUUCCUAACGGACACAGAGGGAGGGAACGAGGAACUCUAAAGUCGAUGCGACGACUGGUUGUUCGAUUGCAGUACAAAACAAGGCAGCAGUUAGACUCUCAAGAGUUGUUUUCAGUCUGUAGUUAAUCUCUAUUUUUUGUAUCUUGUAUCCGCAAGUGUCAGCUCUUUCUUCCUACCCUUCGGGGUGAACUCUUAAUUUCGUACUGACACUUUCCAGCUGUGUCAGCUUCUUCAUCUUGUGAUUCCUCCUGUGCAGGUUUUCAGUGGCACACACACACCGGUGGGUCAGCCUGUGUUUUGGAAAAACUGGUCUUAGAUUAGUGAGGACCCAUCUGGUAGGGUCAGGUAACAGAAUGUGUCAUGACCCCAGAACCGCCAUCACAACGUCAAUGUUUCAUCUCGACGUAACAUCUCACGUUUUGCAGAAAUCUUGUAUCUUAAGCUUACCUGUUUAAUUUACAAUCUUUUGGGGGGGUUUUGCUGGGGGAUUUUUCUGUCAAAUGGGAACAUUGAUGUAUAUGAAAUGUCAAAUGCUCUUUGGGAUGAAAAGCAGUUUUUCAGAACCUAAACAUUAGAUUUGGAUGUUCAUCUGAUGGAAACAAGAUAAUGUUCUAUCUUCAGGAUGGACUUGGAUGGUGAGAACUGUAAAGGGCCUUUUUAACCUAAGUGUUCCGACCCCUUCACACCUUAGACACACCCCUUCCCCCCUUGUCGCCUUGUGAUUGGUCGAACAGGUCGACUGUCCCUUAUCUCUUUCAUGCUCCACCCCCUCCACUCUCAAAUGCAUGAUGUCAAAUAAUCGGUAAUUACUGUUUUGAACUGUACUGAGUAAAGUAUGUUGUGGUCUAUGGUAGUAAAUCUGUCAGUAAAUCUCGGGCGGGGGGAAUCUUUAUACCAUUGGGGGUUUGUAUGAAGAUUUUAUAAGGACAUUUUUAUCAUAUUUGGAACAUUUUUCUAAUCUGUGAUAAUUAAAGCAUUACUGUUUGGAGGGUGGGAUAAAAAACGAAAACUAUUAUUGACGUAUCGCCGGUACUUAUGUCUUCAAGACAGAUCAAGAGGGAAUAAAAGUCUAGAAAUCCUUAGUUUCUGUGGGUGGACUGUGUGGGGAGAUAAGGUCACAGAUGCCUGUUCGAGACAUCGCCGAUUGUGUUUGAAGGAACAGUAUGUGUCAUCCACUGUCUGUAUUCCAUAUUGUACAUUAUGGCUGUUGAUAUAUGACAAAAUAGAGAUUUGUAGAGCAUUAGAAGUUACAUUUUUCACCAUUUUAACCAGCAACUAAGUCUACCUGUACGUUCUCUUAACUGAUCUCUUAUCUUUUAUCGAAGUGAACUUUACAUUUAGGUGAAAUUGCCCUUUAUAUCGAAAGUGCUGCAUAUUGUGUGCAUAUUGAUUUUAAACAGGGCAGGGGAACGCUGACUCUUAUGAAGAUAUUUUUUUCUUUCUUCAAAUGAAUCCACCAGUCUGACACACCUCCUAAUUUUCAUCACAUUAUCUGUUUUAUUUAUUCAUAUCGAUGAAACCUUAAAUUUUUUGAGUAAUGUUUAAGGGACUAUAACUGGGGAAAAAUACUAUCUAUGUUUUUAACAGAUUGUGGCAACUCUUAAGAGAUCCUUUUUUGUACUUGAUAGGACAUUUCAUCCUAGAUAAUAAAGUAAUGUUUUUGA